AUGAGUCAAAAACGAAGCAAACCCGCUGGUACUUUACUUAACUUUAUCAGUAUUAAACCGAAAAUUCCAAAAAAUAAUGAUUUGCCCAAUCCUCAAGAAAUAUUUGCUUCGCCGUCACAAACAUCUAAUACUACUGGUAAUUAUAAAAAUUUUUCUUCUUAUGAUAUAUCAUUAUUUGUCGAUAAAAAACUCAACGACCAAGAAAAAAUUCAAGUUUUGCAAAAUGUUUGGGUCCCGAAUAAUAAUUUUAAUUUUCCAAUUCAACAAAUUGGUAACCAAAGUAGAAAAUUCAAUAUACUUUGGUUAACUAAAUACAAAUGGCUAACAUAUUCAAAAAUUGAAGAUAGUGCUUUUUGUAAAGUUUGCGUAUUAUUUUCACCUUCUAUGGCGGGUUACAGUUCCAAUCAAUCACUUCAUACAUUUGUUAAAAAGGGAUUCAAUAAUUGGAAAAAGGGCUUAGAAAAAUUUGAAAAACACGGUACUUUAAAUUAUCACAAGGAAGCUAAUUUAAAAGCAGAUAAUUUUAUGGAUGUCAUGUCAGGAAAAAUUUUAUCGAUUGAUAAACAAAUCGAUAAAGCUCAUCACCAUCAGGCUUUAGAAAAUCAAGAAAAACUGAAAUCUAUAAUAAAAACGAUUAUUUUGUGUGGAAGACAAUGUCUGCCACUUGGGGCACAUCGAGAUUACGGAACGUUUAACGUAGAACAAGAACCUGAGUGCAACGAAGGUAAUUUUCGAGCGUUGCUUAGGGCACGAAUUGAUUCUGGGGACAAAAAUUUAAAACAACAUUUAAUGACUUGCGGAAAAAAUUCAACGUAUAUUAGUUGGAAUAUUCAGAACCAAAUAAUUGAUGCUUGUGAUGAAAUUAUUUUAUCUAAACUUGUAACUAAAGUUAAUAGUGCUAAAUGUUUUGCCGUACUCGCUGACGAAACGUCUGAUAUUUCCUCAAUCGAACAAUUCUCAUUGUGUGUAAGAUAUAUUGAGUGUAUCGAUGAAAACAAUUUUAAAAUAGUUGAACAAUUUUUAAAAUUUGUACCAGUAGAAUCAACUUCGGGUCAAAAUUUAGCAGAUGUACUUUUAACAACAUUAAAUGCAUGUGGUAUCAACAUAAAUUAUUUACGCGGACAAGGCUACGAUGGAGCUGCAGCAGGCGCGAACGCAGGGGGGUGUUUUGGGGGUUGA